AGUGUUAGUUAUAAAUUUUUUGAAAAAUGGCUUUGGAAAGUGUAUGCAAUUUUAAAAGAAGUACUCUUUUAGAUUUUUCCGCCGCAAACACAGGCUUAGUUAGCAAACGAGAUUUAAUAACAAAUAAAUUUAUUCUUUUUCCAUCGGACGAUCCCAUUGGAAAUAUUAAUGAAUACAUUCACAAUGAUCACAAUCAAAAUGAAAGUGGUAAAAAUGGUAUCAAGAUAAAGCUAAACCAUGGAACUACUACAUUAGCUUUUCAAUAUCAAGGUGGAAUAGUAGUUGCUGUAGAUUCUAGAGCAACAGCAGGAGGAUAUAUAGCUUCUCAAACUGUAAAUAAAGUUUUGGAAAUAAGUCCUUUUAUACUUGGAACAAUGGCAGGUGGUGCUGCAGAUUGUCAAUAUUGGGAAAGAGUUUUGUCAAAAAUUUGUAGAAUACAUGAACUUAGAAGCAAGGAAAGAAUAUCAGUUGCUGCUGCAUCUAAAACAUUAGCAAAUAUCAUGUAUAAUUAUAAAGGAAUGGGUUUAUCUAUGGGAACCAUGAUUUGUGGUUGGGAUAAAAAGGGACCAAGCAUAUAUUAUGUUGACAAUGAAGCAGCCCGGUUGCAUCAUCAUUUAUUUUCUGUAGGUUCUGGUUCUGUUUUUGCAUAUCCUAUUUUAGACACUGAAUGGAAACAGGAUUUAACCACUGAGGAUGCUUUAAAUUUGGGAGUAAAGGCAAUAUUUCAUGCCACCUACCGAGAUGCUGGUAGUGGAGGAUGUGUAAAUUUGUUUCACAUUGAUGAAAAUGGGUGGAAGAAGAUAGGAAGCUAUGAUGUCUUUGAUUUGUAUUAUAAAUAUCAAGAAAUGCAUGAUUUUAAGCCAGUUAAUUCCCAUGUCGCCUUCAAAUAAAAUAUUUAUAUAAAUGAAUUCAAUUAUAAAUAUUUUAUGUUAAAAAUAUAAGAGAUUUGUUAUUUUUUACAAUUCCUAUAGUAAAUAAAUAAAAAUAAUUUUUUGGAAUA